AUGGGUGGUCAAGUGUCUAAGAUUAUGGGGAAGAUCUUCGGAACCAAGGAAAUGCGGAUUCUGAUGUUGGGACUCGAUGCUGCAGGAAAGACCACGAUUCUCUAUAAACUUAAACUCACAAACCAGGAUGUCACCACCAUCCCCACCGUUGGCUUCAACGUCGAGAGUGUCACCUAUAAGAACGUCAAGUUCAACGUGUGGGAUGUCGGUGGUCAGGACAAGAUUCGGCCGCUGUGGAGGCACUACUACUCCGGUACCCAAGGGUUGAUCUUCGUCGUCGAUUCCAGCGACACCGCUCGUAUAGAGGAGGCUCGCUCCGAACUGCACAAGAUCAUCAACGAUCGCGAAAUGAAGGAUGCCCUUCUGUUGGUGUUUGCGAACAAGCAGGAUGUCCAAGGCCACUUGAGCCCUGAAGAGGUUACCAGUGCGCUGCAGCUCAACAAGCUCAAGGACAAGCUGUGGUACGUGGCGCCCAGUGUUGCUACCGACGGUACCGGUAUCUUUGAGGGAUUGGCUUGGCUCUCGAACAACGUCAAGACGCCGCCCCAGAAAUAA